AUGGCCAGUAUCACAAGUAUACCAAAUGAGAUCCUUGAACACAUCUUUAUUUAUGUGACUGAUCAUUACUACAUUGACAUAUUUGAAGUCUGCCUUGUCAACAAACGGUUCUGCGAGAUUGCAACACCCCUUCGAGUCCGCCAUUGGAGCGAUUGUGGCUUAUUCAGCAUCCACUGUACAACCCCUUCACUUACCACGAUCAGUCGAUUCGCGCUAGAGCUUCUAAGGCGGCCUGAACUUCGUUUGCAAGUCAGGAGCUUGAACUUUGACUGGAUCCGAUGUGACGAGGGCAAAGAAACUCCUCGCCGCUUGAUACGACCAGAAAACCUCGAAUUGUUGGCCAAGGCAGCUAAGGAGACCUUACCGGACUUCUCUAGCUCCACAGAUCUGUGUGAAAAGAUUCGCCAGGGGUGGGACGAUGGCAUAGCUGUCCUCGUGCUGGCUUGGACAACGAACUUGACCAGCCUUGGCUUGACAAUCCCAUCAUAUACCCAAAGAAGAGGUGGCAAUGACUAUCGGCUACUUAUUUUAGUUUUUGCCAAACAACUGGCUCUACGUUUUGCCUCUUUUGAUCCCAAGGCAGCUUCAUCUUUGCCUCUGGAGAAACUAAAUACGUUGGAGUUUUGGCAUUGGGAUGUAGAGGGCGAAAUACAUGUGAAACAUCUCUCGCCCUUUCUACAUUUCCCAAAUUUGAAGAGACUUAAUACCUCGUGGAUCGGCGACAAUAAAGGGCGAGAUCUCAGUUAUAUGGUUUUGUCCACAGAGAACAACUAUUCGAUACCAUUUCCAGAACGAACUUCAUCACUGGAAUCAAUUCACAUGUUGGAGCCAAAGCUGUCAAACUCAGGAAUAAGGAGCCUCCUACACGUUUGCAAAAAUCUGAAAGUCUUCAAUCUGGAGUGUUGUGAAAUAGGCACACGGAGCAGCACUAUGCUUGCUAGGUCUCUUGUCGAACACGCGUCCACCCUUGAAGAAGUAAGUCUAUCUAUACAAGACGACGACUACAGCCAGUGGAUUCCGGAUUCGGAUACAGAUGAAUUGCCUGAAUGUUACAGGGCGCUCAAAAGACUAAAACGUGCCGGCAUUCCCAUGCAACACUUGUUGCAGAGGGAAGACGAAGAUGAUCCCACGACAACAAAGUUCAACCCUGGCCGACUUCCUGAAUCGCUUGAGCAUCUCACAAUUUUCCACCCAGAGCUACACUCUGCACGGAUACAAUUGGAAUAUAUGGUAGAGGAAUUGUCGGGCGAUAUUCUGAACAGAUUUGAAUUUGACCGCGACCAAGCACUGGUUUGUAUGCGAACGCUACUUGAGGAGACCGGGCCAGAGCGGCGAUUGAAGAAGCUCAAGACUAUCGAUUUUUCCGAUGGCUUAUUGGACGAUCCCAUGGUAGAGGACAUCAGGAGAGUAAAAAACUUGGCCAGGGAGCGAGGAGUUGAGUUUAUAUUUGGCAGGGUUGAGCGCUGA